GUCUGCUGCACAGAGCGACUCUCAUCACCGAGCUGCGGCUCCCCGCCGCGCUGCUUUCCCUGCAGGGCGGGGUGGCGCUCAGUCCGGCGCACUCUGCCGCCCUCAGCGCACCGUCUGUCCGCCUCUGUCUCGACACGACAUGGGUGUGGAGAAGGAAAAGCUGGACACCAGCAUAAUUAUGGACGAGGACGAGUACAACCUGUCCAUAGAGCCCAUUCUGAUGAAGAAAGGGAAGGUGUACUCGGAGGCGCCGGAUCGGGAUCCAAACGAGAUCAACACGCAUCUGAAGCAGGUGGGUUUCGAGGACGUGAUCGGCGAGCCGAGCUCCGCCCACAGCUUCGACAGAGUUUGGAUCGGGAGCCAUGCCACCUUCGAGCUGGUCAAGUUCUUCUUCUACCGGCUGCUGACCACCCUGCUGGCCGUUCCCAUGGCCUUCACACUGGGGCUGCUCUUCGGAGUGCUGAGCUGCGUCCAUGUCUGGCUGGUGAUGCCAGUGGUCCAGAGCUUCAUGAUGCUCCUGCCUUCAGCGCAGAAAAUAUGGAGGAGUCUGACGGACAUUUUCAUAGCUCCGCUGUUCCAGAGUCUGGGGAAAUGUUUGUCCUCCAUUCAGAUUCAAACCCCAGAGAACUGAAGCAGACAUCUGCUUUAACUCUUCCCUGAGUUGGAAAAAGUUACAAAAGGGCGAGGGAGACGUGAGCUCUUAAAAAGUUUAAUAUAAGAUACAGAAAGACGUGUGCAAAAUAAAAGACAAUCAUCGGGAAAAAGAGGUUUAGAGCAUGACCACAAAACCUCAUCUUGCUUUAGCAGACUCCAUUGUAGGAGAGAGAGAAGCUUCUGUAGCAUUUACUUGGGUUUUAUAACAAAUUGUUCUGGUUGUUGAUUCCUCUGAAGUGGAUUUGGGUGGAGUAUUGAUGACUAGCUAGUAAAGGAAUAUUUCCUGUUUUAAUGAAGAUUGUCUCAAAAAGUUGCUGUCAUCAUGUGACUUUGUUAGCGGCGAUCCCGAGCCUCAGACAUGAAGUCGUGUGCUUUAGGCUGCAGGUUGGUGCUAAAUUUGAGUCUUAUUUUGAAGUGAGGAAGGAAGUUGUUUUGGAGUUGGUUUUCUUGUUGCGUUGAUGGAGUUGACUGUUAAAGAUUGUUGAACUAACAACAUUCUGCUUCAAUAGUAGUAAAAAAAAAAAAACAAGUUUCCACCAUCUUAGCAUUGUGUGUCAGCCUUCGAUGUCUGUAAAGUUAACCGUUGUCAGCCAUUUGCAUCAAAUUUUAGAGCUUCCAGAGCUGAAGGGCUAUUUCUGAGUUUCUUUGUGAGUCCGUACUGCAUUUGGUGAAAUAUUUACCAAGAUGGUCACAAUUGUCAAGAUGUCAUGAUGGACAAGCUAACUGUUAGCUGCUACUGACGCUAAAGUUAGCUUUUUUACCGAGCCUCUGCUGUGUCAUCUUUAGUUCAGAUCUAAAAUACUCAGGAAGAUCAAACCUGAAUGCCGUAUUCAACACUAAACAGAUUUUUAUAUAUAUAUAUUUUUUUGCAAUACCAGGUUGAUGGAAGCUUUUUUAUUGAAGAACCACAAAAACAAUAUUUUUAUUACGUUUUCGGUGAGAUGUAGUCAUCAAAUUUGAACUGGGAUGUUUUACACUUAUUGGAAAUAAUUUAAAAACUCUCUUACUUAUUCUUACAUUCAUAAGAACCCAAGUCUUAACAAUUGGACUUAGAGUUACACUCCCGGUAGUUGAUCUAGUUUUCUUUGGAUUCAGCCGACAGCUAAUCAUUUCUGAUUAAUGUUCAGGUGAAUUUUACUGAAGCAUUUGAGGAGAAAAAUUAUCCUGACUGUUGUAGUUAUCUGACAAUAUUUACAAAUGAACAACAAUUAUGUGAGAUUGUCCGGGACUAGAUGACAGUCUUACCUGCUUACUGUAGAUGAUAUUGACUGCUUUGGAAUGCUUCAGAAAACUCAAUAUUCCAAAAAUAUAUUGACUAAGGUUCAGACAGGGCAGAUGUAUCUUAAGUAAUCAGGAACACAUCCACAGUUUGUGUUUUUUAUGGGUAAUAAUCAUUCAUGUUCGAUAUGACAUGGACCUUUUGAGAACCAUCGAAUACUGACCAAAAAUCAUUCUUGUCAUUCCAUUUCUGUUCAAGCUUAAAGAAUCAGUUAAGACUAACUUCCUGACAUGUUAGUAGAUGUAAUUUUUCUGCUCUGUAAACAUAUGUAAGUUAUAUAUAUUGCAAACUAUUCAACUAUAAGCUAAAUGUAGUGAGCUGAAAGAGAAAAUGCAUUAUAUUGCAGAAGUCUAUCUAGCUAUUAAAAGCUAAAAUGCAGCAUUUGCACAUUUGCAGGCAUUUACUAACAUAUCUACUGUGAUGAAUUUACAUGACAUUGACCUUAAUGCUGGGCAUCUACUGUAUUUUAUUAUUUUAAAAUGCCAGAAUAUGCUGGAGCUCUUCUGGGAAGGAGACAUGCUGUGUUCCUGAAUGACACACAUCUGCAGAAGUGAACCUCUGUGAGAUUGAGGCGUUUUCUGUCUGUGACUGAGACUCUGGUUCAGGCAAAACAAACUGCAGCUGCAAAUCGAAAGGCAUCCAGGAAUGAUUUCAUAUGUUUUAGUGUUUGCAACCGUUUGGGGAAAUUUAAGUUGUAAAACUGCUCUUUCUGUUUUUCCUGUUGAUGGUCUGAAAAGAACUGGUGACACAAUAACAGACCUGGAAGCCAACGUCUUAUGUUGUCCUGAUGCCAAAAAUACACAAUUUUGCAAUUGCUAUUUUUCCAUACAUUAAGAAAUUAAAUUAAAAUCACAUGUAAAUAAGCUAAUUCACCUGGUAAGUCAUUAAAAAAAUCAUGGCAAUGACGGACAUGAGAAGUAUUCAUAAUUCAUCCAUGGCACUAGCUCUCCUUCCACUUCCUGUUGACUUCUUCUUUGUAGUUUCCAUCAGUAGUAAUAGCCGGCUGUUGAUCAUGUGACUCGCAUGAUGCGAAAAAAGUGUUUCCAUCGCAGUUUUGUGAAAUACGUUUAUUUCUGUAUGGUUGAAAAAUAUGGGAGAGUGUUAGGAACACUGAAAAAGAAAGAAAAAUUAUUCUGACUUUAAUCUGAAAAAAAGAUCUGAGAAUCUGAAAGACACUUUCCUCAACGAAAGUCAGAAUUAUUAUUUUUUUCUUCCAGUGGCCCUCUUUCUCUUCUGUAGAAAAACCAUCACAUCCGAGUGCAAAAACUUUUUAUUGAAAAGUGAGAGGGUUCCACCCCCCCCCCCCCCCCCCCAAAUUGACGCAUCUCCAUUUUCCAAAUUUAUUUUUGAAUUUUCAAUUUGCACAAUUUUAUGGUUGAUGGAAAUGCAGUUAUUGAUAUUCCUCUGAAUUAAUGUAAAACUUUGCUUUGAUGUUCUUUUUACAACACGUUAAUAUGCAGUUUGAAAUUUUGACGCUUAAGUGAAGAGACAGCUAAAAUCAACGUUGCUUAAAGCGUUUCUACAUGGAUGAAUUCCUAUUAGAACUUAUCUGGACUGCAGAUCUAAUGAUCAAGGUGAAAAGGUGAGAGAACUUUGGCAAACUUUACUUUGGCAAACACAUUCGUUCUGUUUGCCAACGUAAAAAUUGGAUUAAGUACAACACAGCAGUUCAGACUGAGGAGACUUUGAAUACUGUCAGGUUUGUAUACGAUUCAGUACCACAUAUGGAAGUGGCUCAGAUGUCAUUUUUUGGGGGUCUCUUUGGGAUCAGAACUGGGCAAAAAAAAAUUAUUUUUGAAUGCAGACAUGUAUUUCCAGAUAAAGUUCUAUGAUGAUCUGGGCAGACAGGUGAAGGCUUUUAUUUUCUUUUCCACAGUGACACUACAGAGCAGCUAUGCAUGUAGACGUGAAAAUAACAAAUCCAACUCAGUUCUCACAUUAUUUAUUUGCUUUCUGACUUGAUUUACUGUUAUGAUGGAAACUGAAGGACACCAUGUGUAAGUUAUCUAAAAUAAAGAUUCAUUUUCCCCUUGAGGAAA